AAUGCCAAAGCCAGCUAUGACUUCAGCAGUAAUGAUCCCUACCCUUACCCCCGCUACACAGAUGACUGGUUUAACAGCCAUGGAACAAGGUGUGCGGGAGAAGUGUCUGCUGCUGCCAACAACAACAUCUGCGGCGUGGGAGUUGCAUACAACUCUAAGGUGGCAGGUAUUCGAAUGCUUGACCAGCCGUUUAUGACAGACAUUAUCGAGGCUUCCUCUAUCAGCCAUAUGCCUCAAGUCAUAGAUAUAUAUAGUGCCAGCUGGGGACCAACUGAUAAUGGAAAGACUGUGGAUGGACCUAGAGAGCUGACACUGCAAGCAAUGGCAGAUGGUGUGAAUAAGGGCCGGGGUGGCAAAGGAAGCAUCUAUGUCUGGGCCUCUGGAGAUGGGGGCAGCUAUGAUGACUGUAACUGUGAUGGGUAUGCAUCGAGCAUGUGGACAAUCUCCAUAAAUUCUGCUAUAAAUGAUGGACGAACAGCUCUGUAUGAUGAAAGCUGCUCUUCAACCUUAGCCUCCACCUUUAGUAAUGGGAGGAAGAGAAAUCCGGAGGCUGGUGUGGCUACAACGGAUUUAUAUGGCAACUGCACCCUGAGGCACUCAGGAACGUCUGCAGCUGCUCCUGAGGCAGCCGGAGUGUUCGCCUUGGCCCUGGAGGCUAACUUGGAUCUCACAUGGAGAGACAUGCAGCAUCUGACAGUGCUGACCUCCAAGAGGAAUCAGCUUCACGAUGAGGUUCACCAGUGGCGUAGAAAUGGUGUUGGGCUGGAAUUCAACCAUUUGUUUGGUUAUGGUGUCCUAGAUGCAGGAGCAAUGGUUAAGAUGGCGAAAGACUGGAAGACUGUACCCGAGAGAUUCCAUUGUGUUGGAGGGUCAAUACAGGAACCCGAAAAGAUACCACCAAGUGGAAAGCUGCUCCUCACACUUACAACUGGUGCUUGUGAGGGGAAGGAAAACUUUGUCCGAUACCUUGAACACGUCCAAGCAGUUAUAACUGUGAAUUCCACUAGGAGAGGCGACCUCAACAUCAACAUGACCUCGCCAAUGGGAACAAAGUCCAUUUUACUGAGCCGGCGUCCCAGGGAUGACGACUCCAAGGUGGGUUUUGACAAAUGGCCUUUCAUGACCACACACACUUGGGGAGAAGACCCCCGAGGCAUCUGGGCUCUAGAGAUUGGGUUUGUGGGCAGCCUGCCACAGCGAGGCGUGCUGAAGGAGUGGACACUGAUGCUGCAUGGGACUCAGAGCGCACCAUAUAUAGACCAAAUAGUAAAAGAUUAUCGGUCCAAAUUGGCCAUGUCCAAGAAGGAAGAGCUGGAAGAAGAAUUGGAUGAAGCAGUGGAGAGAAGCCUGAAGAGUAUACUGAGCAAGAACUAGUGCUGUUCUGCAUGACGGUGUCUUUUCUUCCCCAGAUCCCUCUUCUUACCUUUCUACUACCCAAACCUCUGUGUUAGACAUAUUACAAUGAUUGUCUCUGUAGCCAGAUUAUCACUUUCUUGGUUUUAAAGUCUUUUAUCUCAUCAGUAAUUAUUUUAAUUACCACUGAAGCUAUCCUUUUUUUUUUAACUCUAAACUACAAAUAUACUGUCCCCCACCAAAUACUAUGUAUAGUUUGUGACUAAAUUAUUUUUCUUUUGUGUCAUAUGAAUAGGUAAUCACCUGCAAACAAGCUGAUGGCUUUUCCCUUCAUAGUUUCGUAGUAAAUGUUGUUUGUAU